GCCUGCUGCACCGAUGAGACACACAAUCUAUAAUAAAACACACAUCUUAACAGCAGAGGAAGAAGCAACCCCAAGAAAUGAGUCUCUAUCUUCCAAAGCUCUUCUCCAUUUUUCCAACUUUCUCUCAACGUCCUUUUUUCUGGUGCUAAAAACACAAUAUCAUCAGCAUAAAGCCUGCACUAGGGGAACUGGUCUUCUAUUCCAUGACUUGACACAUCCAUAACCAGAUUAAAGAGGUCUCCAUCUUUUAAAGCUCUUCUCCAUUUUUCCAACUUCCUCUCAACGUCCUCUUUUCUGGUGCUAAAAACGCACUAUCAUCAGCAUAAAGCCUGCACUAUGGGAACUGGUCUUCUAUUCCAUGACUUGACACAUCCAUAACCAGAUUAAAGAGGUUACUUGCUGUUGUCAGAUAAGCAGUGUUCAGGAAGGAGUCAAACGGCCGCAGACAUGAAGUGCCGGAGAAAGUGGAUGUUUCUCCAAGUCACGCUUAUGUCAGUCUUCGUACUCUGCUUAACCACUGUGUUCUUGAAGAUGAAACAUUUUACAGGGAGUUUUCCAGAAAUGAUGGAACCAGACAAUCAGCAGGACCUGCAUAGGACAAUUCAGAUACGAAAAAUUGAGAAGCGAAUAAAUAUGACUCAGGUCAUCAAAACCAUACAAGAUAUGCAAAACCAUCCUUGGGAGUUCAACAUCACCAAGUUAAAAGUGCACAGCUCAGAGCUCAGACAAAAAUGCAAUGCCACCCAAGAGAUGAUCCUCAGCCAAAAGAACACCAGAAAAGGGCAAAACAUCACUUAUGAAGUGGAAAGGAAAUCAGUAAAGUCUGUUGAUGACAGCCUGUUCCAAAUGCUUCCUAAGACAUUCCCAUGGAGCAGUUACUUGGGUCAUUGUGCAGUUGUUGGAAAUGGCGGUAUUUUGAAGGAAAGCAGGUGUGGGCAACAAAUCGACAAAGCAGACUUUGUCUUCAGGAUGAAUAUGCCACCUAUGACGAACACAACAGACGUGGGGAGGAAGACAAGCAUGUUGACUUUGAACCCCUCAAUUAUGAAAAAGUUUGCCAGUCUGGAUUAUGCCCGCAGGCCAUUUGCUGAACAAAUGAAGCAGUAUUCUGGCGCCUCUGUUCUAAUGCCAGCGUUCAGUUACACUGAGUGCACCGUCCCCUCCUUCAAAGUCUAUUACACUCUUCAGGAGUUUAACUUUCAGAAGGUUUUCUUCCUGCAUCCCGACUAUCUACUGCGUCUUUCAAACUACUGGAAACAGAAGAGGCUGAAGUUCAUUCGGCUGUCAUCAGGGAUGAUGUUGGUUAGUGCAGCACUAGAACUCUGUGAAAGCAUCACACUUUAUGGCUUCUGGCCAUACUCGUUUGGUCUUUCUGAACAGCCUCUCUCUCAUCACUACUAUGAUGACGUCCAGCCAAAACAUAAUGUGCAUGACAUGCCUUCUGAGUUCUGGACAUAUGCGCGGAUGCACCUGGAAGGCGUGCUGAAAUUGCAUCUAGGAAACUGCUGAAUGUACAAAAGAGACAAUGACAACAAACCUGGAUUAAGACUUUGAAGAUGAAUUUUUAUAUUAUGAGAUAUUGUUUUUUGAAGAUGAAUUUUUAUAUUAUGAGAUAUUGUUUAAGUUAUAAAAUGACAAUACUUAGAAAAUUAAGGGUAACUAAAUGAAAAAAAAAAGAUGUUUUAAAAAAAGUUGUUAUCCAGAGACUGGACUAUGCUUCUAAUAACACCCAGAUUUGUCAUUUGUUUUCAAAAACAAUUGCAAAGGUGAAAUAAAGAGUGCCGUCUAUAUCAGAGGUUCCCAAAAUGUGAGCCAAGUGGUCACAAGAUGACAAUCCUUUUGGCAAUUUAACUCGUCUGUUAUGUGCUUAAGUAUUUAUUUAUCAUGAUCAAGUGUGCUAGCUGACAUCAGCAUUACUAAACCAAAACACUUAGAAACUUGAAAAAUGGGUCUACCAUCACGGAACACACCUAUCUUUUCAUUCUCCCUCUCUUUCCCUCUUACAUGUAGAAUUUCACCUCUUCUGUCCAGGCAGUCUUGGUAUGUGGACAGGCUUCUCUUUGAAAUUCAUUUUGAUGUCAACCUGGAAAGACCACAUCUGAUUUACCUACAUGUUGUUAAAAGCAUUACACUUUAAAUACUUUAUAUGGGUGUAAUAUUUCAAAAUUCCAAAAAAAUCGUUUUUAUUAUUUAUUGCUAUUGGUCAUUAGUAUUAACCAUUUUUAUUGUACUCUAUCUGAUGUUAAAUACUGCCAUAACUGGUUAUUUACUGUAGAAUCUUUUAUUGAAGAAAAUGACAAUUGUGUGUUUCUGUUUGAAUUCUGGACUAUGAAUUUUGAAUGUCUAGUUGUCCACUUUGACAACAACUUACACUUUUUGUUUUGGCAUUGGUAGUUGAAUUAACUCCUUUUUUUAAAUUUUA